AUGGCUAGUAAAAAGAUUCUAAACUUUAACAUCGGAGUUCUUGGCCACAUCGAUAGUGGAAAAACAUCACUUGCAAAAGCUUUAAGCUCCACUGCAUCCACAGCUUCUUUUGAUAAAAACCCUCAAAGUAAGGAACGUGGCAUAACUCUGGAUCUCGGCUUUUCUUCAUUUCAAGUACCCAUCCCAGAACAUUUGAAGGAGCACGGAUUUGACAUUCUUCAGUUUACACUCGUCGACUGCCCGGGCCAUGCCUCCCUUAUCAGAACAAUCAUUGGAGGUGCUCAGAUUAUCGAUAUGAUGAUGCUUGUCGUCGACGUUACCAAAGGGAUGCAGACUCAGACUGCCGAGUGUCUUGUGAUCGGAGAGAUACUUUGCGAGAAAAUGGUCGUCGUGCUGAACAAGACUGACUUGUUGAAAGAAGAUAAAAAACAAGCGUUAAUCGAAAAGGUAAGGUUUUUAUCGCAGUGCUUCGUCUUAUUUGUUUUAUUUUAUCUCCCAAAUGAACUCGUGGGAAACAAGUCGAUGUUCUCGAUCUUGGUAUGGACCUUGUUAAACGCUCUUAACUCCCAUCAGUGACUAAGACAGAAUUUCUCCUAACAUAUACAGUAUCACGCAGACAAGUGAUGAGAAUAAAUGAAAAUAUCAAUCAGUGGAUUAUUAGUUGAUCCACUACCCAAUUCUCCAAAGUAACAUUGUAGGAAUUGUAUGAUAGACAUUAAGGAGAAUAACUAUCGCAAUCUUAAGCUUGGGUGUGAAAGGGUUGAGGGCCUAGUAAGUGUUGGCUAUAUUUUUUUUCCAAUAGAUAAACAACAACAGCCCAUCUUUUAUUUAAAUAUGCUGGGUUUUAAAGCUAAUAUAGCUUAAAAAUGUUAAUCAAAUGAAGACAUGGUGAUCAAAUGAUGUGUGCACCAAAACAACAAGCUCCAGGCUGUUAAGGACACCAUAUGAUUAAAAAAAAAUGUGCCCUUCUAUUUCUCGUAAUGAAUUCCAAUAGAUGAAUACACACUGUAGCCUUAUAGUUUGAUUGACAUGUAGCUUCCUUAUACUUGACAAACAGAUCUGAUUGAUUUAAUGAAUGAUCAUAUACCCAUAUUGUAAAAUCUAUUGGAAUGUGUAUUGUAAGAAAAUGAUCUGGAGGGUGUUAUGGUGAUGUAUGAUGGUAAAAGGACAGAAUCUGGAGUAUAAUCCAGUCAGUUAGCAUGUAGGUGAUUAUCAAAACUGGAUUACCAUAAAAUGGUAUUCAGGUUUGUUAAUCACACACUUAAUCUCGGGCAGAAUUGGACAGCACAAAUUCCUGGUUUAACAAAUUCUCCCUAACAGCACUUAUGGAAAUUUAUCAAAAUCAGUGUGGAGAAUAUGCAUGCUGAUUCUGGGUUGGAAAGGGCUAAACUUCCAUGAUCUUAUUCAUGCUACUCCCUUGUUGAGGAUUUUCCUUUCCUUUUAAAUUCAUUUCAGCAAACUGGGUGCUCUCUCAAGGCAAGAGCCUGAAUUAAUGUUAUCCUUAUUCUCUUUACUGUUCUCUAUACAUUUUCUAAGGUGCUGAUUAGGAGAAUGUGUUUAACAAUCAAGAACUUCUUUAGUUAGGGAUAAUUUCCUUUCUUUCUAUAACCUGAAUGCUUGAUUCAGGGGUGAUAUUGUUGGGAGAAAUUACAUGUUCAUCACUCUUAGGGUUAAAGAGUUAAGCUGAUGUGGUAUCUUAUCUCAUUACUUGUUGCCUAGUAAUUAUAUUGACAUUGUUUGGAGAAGUUGCAUGUAAAUCACAUUUUGUGGUAAAAGGUUUUAUCCUUUUUUCCCAGAUGGCCAAGAAGCUUACCAAGACAUUGGAAAGCACCAAGUUUGCAGGUUCUCCAAUUUUACCAGUCUCUGCUAAGCCUGGCGGACCUGACUCCCCAGAUUCUGAACCUGUUGGAACACAGAUGCUAGUUGAUUUACUUUCAUCCUUGUCAUACCUUCCUAACAGAGAUCCUUCUGGACCAUUGGUAUUUGCCGUUGACCACUGCUUCUCCAUUCGAGGUCAAGGCACUGUGAUGACGGGUACUAUUCUUAGCGGAAGUCUCAAAAUUAAUGACACAAUUGAGAUCCCCUCCCUGAAGAUCACCAAGAAGGUAAAAUCCAUGCAGAUGUUCAAGGCUCCUGUCACGGAUGCAUCACAAGGUGACAGAGUGGGCAUGUGUGUCACCCAGUUUGAUCCAAAGCUGUUGGAGAGAGGCCUUGUCUGUAGUCCCAGUACUGUACCCACUGUUUUUGCUGCAGUUGUUUCAGUUAAACCAAUAUCAUACUACAAAGGAACCAUCACUUCAAAAUCAAAGUUUCACAUAACAAUCGGUCAUGAAACCGUGAUGGGUACACUUCAAGUGUUUGGCCUUCCUCCUGGGCAAUCAAUGGAUCCUAAGACACAAGAAGCCUUUGAUAUUUCUAGAGAGUACAUCUUUCAAGAAGAGGUGAUAGAUCAGUCAAAGAAAAGUUUAAGCACAGGUGGUUGUGAAGAUUCAGAUCCACAAAGCAAGCCUGUUUCAAGUCAUCAGUGGCUUUUCAUUGAGUUUGAAAAACCUGUGACAUGCCCAGAGCAUUCUCUUGUGAUUGGCUCACGGCUUGAUUCUGAUAUUCAUCUUAACGUCUGUAGAAUAGCGUUUCAUGGAAGGCUACUACUUCCAGUGACAGAGAAGAACUUUAAGGAAACCCUUUUACCCCAACUUAAGAUAUACAAGAUCAAGGCAAAGCAAGGUGUUGUGGAGAGAAUGGCUGAUGAAUAUUCUGUCAUUGCUCACUCUUUGUUUAAGAAAGAAACAAACAUUCAAAAUUUUGUGGGUAUGAAAGUGACCCUGUCAACUGGGGAACAAGGAAUGAUUGAGGGUGGGUUUGGUCAAAGUGGUAAAGUCAAGAUCAGGAUUGCUACUGGCUUGUCUCCUGAUACUGCUUUGAAGCUUUCUUCUGGUGGAAAGAAAAAAGGAGGUGGAAAAAACAAGGGAACCACAUCGGAAACUCCAAAUGAGGAAACAAAUUCUUCAGAGCAAGUCACAAGACCUAUCAAAGUAACACUGGAGUUCAAGAGAUACAAUUAUGAUCCUAAAAAGAAAAUGGUUCAAUGAAGAGCUUUUAAAACUGUUUUCACCUUAACAUCCAUAUUCUCCAAGCAAUUCUGUUUCUAUUUCCAAUGGAAUUGACAAGGAGAAUUUGUUUGACAAUCAGGAGCUUCUUAAUUUGGUGAUCAUUUACUUUAUCCUCAUGACCCUAACAGUUGAAUCAAAGGUGCUACUGUGAGGAGAAAUUAGAUGUCAGUCGCACUCUCACAGGUUAAAAGGAUAACACUGAUUUAUGAGGAACAUCACAAUAAAUGUUGAUGGAAGAAGUUUUAACCUAUGAUUAGAAUUUUUCAAUUGGUGAUCAUCUACUUUAUUUUCAUGAUCUUUACAUUUGAUUCAAGGGUGAUGCUCCAAAGAGAAAUUAGAUGUCAAUCACUCUCAUGGGUUAAAAGGGUAACACUGAUUUAUGUGGAACAUCACAAUAAAUGUUGACGGUAGUAGUUUUUCCCAUUGUUAGAUAUGGGUAUUAAUUUUUUAGAAGAAUAGGUUUAAAUACCACAGGUGACAACUGAAUCAUAAAAAGUCUAGGAAUGAAUAGCACCUUGUAUCACAAGCUCAAAGAUUUAUAGAGUUCAUAUCUGUAGCUUUUUGAGAGAAAAUGUUUUUAUUUUUUUAUUACUUUUUCCAUCAGACAACAAUCCCCUUAAAAUACAUUUUUUUACUGGGAAAAUAACUUCACUGCAUUUGAGAUUAUCAAGAAAGGUUGGAAAGUGGUUUUUAAGUUUAAGGUUCAUAAACAAGAAUUCAUGUUGAGAUCUUGGUGGUGAAAGGGCUGUGGCUUUUGGAUUGAGUGAUUUAGUAGUUUCAUGAUCAGUUUAGAAUUUUGCUCUUCUCAUUGCCACCCUGUCAUUGAUUGAUGAAAGCUAAGAAAAUGGAACUGAAAAUGAAGUUACAUAUUUGCAGGUUUUUUUUCUCAGUCAAAUAUAUGAAAUAAAAUUAGAAUUAGAGGUGGUACACAUUUUUUCUUAAAAGUAAGGAAGUAGAUAGAUCCAUGAGAAUGUGAGCGGUCAGAGAGGAACAGUCAGAGCUUCUGGUGGGACAUGUCAAUUAUUUUUUUUAGUUCUAGAUGGAAACAGAGCUCUCCUUCCCUAGACUUCCACAAUACGAAUUUUCUCUUUAGGUAUACUGUUGAACCCCGUUAACUCAAAUUACCCAGGGAAUUGAAAUUACUUCGAGUUAUCAGGGUUUCGAGUUAUAGAGGUUUCAUUUUUGAGGGGAAGAAGAAACAUGUUAUUGUUCUCAAGAAUGAACAGGGUAACACUGACAAGUAAUGACAAACAACAGAUCGAUUUUAGAUUACGCGCCAUUAUUUCUCUUAGCCAGGAAGAAAUGUCAAAACUGUUCAAUUAUUUACGGACAUACAAACAUUUGAUAUCGACAGAG